AUGAGGAGGUUGGGUUGUGAUCCCAUCGUUUUUGUGGUGCCAGAAACAGGGGGGUGCCAGGAAGUGGGUAUGUUGACUUACCCAGAAGCGGCGCCUCAAUUCUUGAGAGAGGACGCUGCCCGUAUCAUUCAAAUUGCUGCUCUCUGCUCCAAAGCGGUCUACAAGAAGGAUCCGGGCCAUGUUGUCCCCCAACUCCUGGACUAUGCCGUUAAAGACAGACACUGGAUAGAGCCCACCAGAGACGGCUCAGGGAAGGCCGCCGCUCUUUUUGAGAUCUUGCCGACUGAUCCGUCAUCUCAGCGAAAGGCACUAGUCGUUGCUGUUAGAGGGAGUGCAAGUUCUGUCGACUGGCUGGUCAACCUGAAUAGCGACCUGGCUGAAUGUUCUGACUUGGUGUGCAUCGCGGGUUCGCCCAAUGUGCCAGAACUGUUGCUCCAGGACUGGUAA